AUGAUUAAUACAGAUAGACCAUUUAGCACGGCAAUAGAUAAUGAAGAAUCAAUUUAUAUAUCGUCUAUAUCUUCAUCAAAACUGAAGAAAUAUGGUAAACGUGUAACGAAUGGUCGAGUACUCAUGUCUGGUGAAGUUGGACCUUUCCCAUUGACUGUUGAUCGACAUAGAUCUAUUUAUAUGGUUGAUAUGUACCAUGAUCGAGUGUUUCAGAUAGACGAAGGGAGAACAAAUAUCUCGAUUGUAAUCGGUGGAUCAGAACAUAAUGGUACACAACAACUAUCAAAAUCACACUCAAUUGCUGUUGAUGAAUCAGGUGCUCUCUAUAUCACUGAAUAG